AAUAAGCUAAAACCCCCGUACUUAGCACCACACGCGCACAUUCCUCAUUCUCUCUCUCUCAAAAUGUCUUCGAUGGUUGUAACCGCACUACACUGCCGGAGCCCUUCUGCAUUCCGGUCAAACUCAGACCAAAGGCACAUCAAGUCUGCGUACCCAACGGUGAAAAUGCAGACGCGCAUACACCGUCUGAUUGAAGAACAAGGGAUAGUGCUGAUGCCAGGGUGUUAUGACGCUCUAUCCGCCGCCAUUGUUCAAAAAACGGGUUUCAGCGCUGGUUUCAUCUCUGGCUAUGCUCUUUCCGCUUCGCUUCUCGGAAAACCCGACUUUGGUUUACUCACCCCGCCAGAAAUGGCGGCUACUGCACGUACAGUGUGUGCUGCGGCUCCGCUCAUACCCAUAAUUGCGGAUGCUGAUACUGGCGGUGGUAAUGCUCUCAAUGUUCAGCGGACCAUCAAGGACUUGAUUGCAGCUGGUGCUGCUGGAUGCUUUCUGGAGGAUCAAGCAUGGCCAAAGAAAUGCGGGCAUAUGCGUGGCAAACAGGUUAUAGCUGCAGAGGAGCACGCUACAAAGAUAGCUUCUGCUAGGGAUGCUAUUGGGGAUUCUGACUUCUUCCUUGUUGCUAGGACUGAUGCUCGUGCAACAUCUGCAAAAAAUGGUCUCUAUGAUGCAAUUUCAAGGGCUAAUUUGUAUAUGGAGGCAGGAGCUGAUGCUUGCUUUGUGGAAGCUCCAAGGGAUGACGAUGAGCUCAAGGAGAUUGGACGCAAGACGAAAGGGUAUAGGAUUUGUAAUAUGAUUGAAGGUGGAGUCAGUCCGUUGCACACACCAGAAGAGCUGAAGGCAAUGGGAUUUCAUUUGAUUGUGCAUCCACUCACUUCCCUGUAUGCCUCAGCUCGUGCACUGGUUGAUGUUCUCAAAACUCUGAAGGAGAAUGGAACUACAAGAGAUCACCUCCAUAAAAUGGCUACUUUUGAGGAAUUUAAUCAACUGGUCAAUUUGGAAUCUUGGUUUGAGCUUGAAGCACGGUAUUCAAAUUUCAAGAAAUUGCAUUGAAGAGAUGAUCAGAAAAAGAGAAACUCUUGAUCCUUGUUUCCAUAAACGUUGUUCAUGCUGAGUCCCGGACUUGAGAGUUGAAGGUAAUUUCAACCUUUCUGGCUUCCGUGUAACAUUUUUACCGGACAGACUGUUAUCAGAGUUCAUAUGUAGGCAUUAUGUAACAAUAAGUCACUUCCUGUAUUAUAUAAUUAUUGUUUUCUUUUUUUUUUUGAUAUUUGAAAAAUUCCUGAGCUUUUUGCUUCCCUGAGAGCAAUGGGAAUGAAACGUUUGGACAUGCAAGAAUUAGUUUUUAUUUUAAGAAAAAAUUACUAUUUA